AUGCGCAUCAGCAUCAGACCACUGCUCGAGAUUAAACUCGAUGAAAAAGUGGUGUUAAUACUUCAAGAACCCAUGCCUAUUGCUUUCCAAGUAUGCUCGCUGUACGGCGAAGAACCAUUCACGGGGGUUUACUUCACACCACUCUACUAUGAUAGUGCAAAAAACAAACUAGAGCCAUCGCAAGGUCUUAAGUAUUCAAUACAUCGUGAUUUGUUUCAAGUAGGAGAGGGUUGUUUCAAAGUAAAUGUUUUGGAUGAUAUUAAUGUUCCUGGUAGACUAGACGUCCAAGCUUGGAUCGUGAAUGGCUCAGAAACAGCAUACACUUAUGUAUAUGUGCGUAAUUUCACUGAUGAAAUUGUGCUUGAAACUCCACCUGAACUGUCCUCACCGAUGAAGGUGCGAUGCCUGGUAGACAUUUACAAAUACACUAAUGCGAUCACGUUCGAAUUUGGUGGCAACGAGGUGACGGUCUUGGCCGCCAAGGAUGGUUACGUAUGGUCGGCAAGCAUCACCCUGCGUACGGUCGAUUAUGUCAUAUCGUGCAAAGCGAAAUCUAGGGACAUCAAUGGUGGGUUCAUUGAAAAAAAAGUGAACCUGAUGAAGCAGUUCAAUGACCCGCCAAUUGAGAAUGCCAUGUUCAACAUAACACUCUUCGUUAGAGAAAAUGUAUUGCUGAACUGCACUCCCCGAGACAGGUCGGUUUCAUGGUACAAAAAUGGCCGUUCGUUGAAGCACGAGGAGGGGACUCUAACCCUAACGCUUGAGCGUAAGGAGAACUUCGCCGUUAUAGCAUGCUUCACGAAGAUCCGUGGAAAAGAACGAUCAACGACGUGGUACAUCCAAGUCAGACCACAAUUUCAAUGGUACCCGACUGGAGUUCUCAUCUUUUUUGGUGCAAUCGGAACCCUGUUGGGUUUGCUCAUCCCGUUGAGUUACUUGAAAAGCAGCCAAAGAAGGAAAAUGAAGGGCGAUCAUCAGGGAACGGAAAUGGAAGCGGUCACUCCGGCCCAAGAGCAUGUGCUACAGAUUCCACCGGAGUACGAAUUUUCCAAGGAGAUACUGCGCUUUCGCCGAAAGAUCGCCGAUGGUGUUUUCGGCGUCAUCAUGAUGGCCAAAGCGGUCGCGAUCGUACCCCGGGAGCCAAGCACAGCGGUGGCAGUGCAUAUAGUGGCUAACGUCGAGUGCGACUCCGUCAUGCACGUGCUGAUUGCGGAGCUUAAGAUGAUGAUUGAAGUUGGCCAGCAUCUGAACAUAGUCAACUUUCUCGGGGCCAUUACGGAAACCGUUCGCAUGGGUGAUCUGAUGGUCAUGUACGAGUACUGUCCGUACGGAACCUUGCAGGAGUUCCUGUGGCAGAACAGGGCCAACUUCAUCUCCCGACCGCUGGCGCGCUGGUUUUAUCUGCCCGACGAUGAAACGCCGGAGAUGUUGCAAAGCUACACCACCCAGGAUCUGCACUGUUUCGCCUCGCAGAUCGCCAACGGUAUGGCGUAUCUCAUCUCGCGCCGCAUUCUGCACGGCUCGCUGAGGGCACGCAAGAUUAUGCUGUGCGAAAAGCGUGUGGUCAAAAUUUGCGGCUUCGGCCUCACCCGGACCGUGUUCCGCAGCAGCGCGUCCAAGCGUGCCGAGGAUGAGACAACCGCACACAAAUGGCUCGCGCUGGAGAGUUUUCCCAAGCUGGUGUUCAACGCCAACACGGACGUGUGGGCGUUCGGCGUGGUGUUGUGGGAAAUUUUCUCACUCGGUGCAACGCCGUACGCCGACAUGAGCUCGGCGCAGAUCCUUCACCAGAAGCUGCUGGAUGGGUAUCGGCUGGAGAAACCGGAGCACACCAACCGGGAGCUGUACGACAUCAUGCUGUCCUGCUGGUACGUGAAUCCGACUCUUCGACCAACGUUCGAAAGAUUAACGCACGAGUUCCACCGGCUGCUUUCGCACAGAAUCAGAGAUUUCUACAAUUCCUUGAACAAGCGGUACAUGAGAGCGAAUGAGAGAAGGAUCGCGCGUCAGGAAGGCCGAACCCCGGAGGAGGACGACGAUGACUUUCCGGAGCCUGUCGAUAAUAAUCACUAUGUGCGUGGUUGA